AGAUGCUGAAGAAAAAGGAACCGCUGCUUCCUGACUACCACCCCCAUUGUGAAGAUGAGACCAUGGUUCCGGUACUAACAUCGAAAAAAGCCAGUGAACUACCUGUAAACGAAGUCGCAUGCUUGCUGCAGGCUGACCUGCAGCGAGGCUUGAACCACAAUGAGGUGACGCGUCGCCGUGCCUACCACGGCUGGAACGAGUUCGACAUCAGCGAAGAUGAACCGCUGUGGAAAAAAUAUAUUUCUCAGUUUAAAGAUCCUUUGAUCAUGUUGCUGCUGGCCUCAGCUGUGAUAAGCGUGUUGAUGCACCAGUUUGACGAUGCCGUCAGUAUCACCGUGGCCAUUAUUAUUGUAGUUACUGUUGCCUUUGUACAGGAAUACCGCUCUGAAAAAUCCCUGGAGGAGCUGGGGAAACUCGUACCUCCUGAGUGUCACUGCGUUCGGGAAGGACACCUGGAGCACCUGCUGGCUCGUGAGCUGGUCCCAGGAGACACUGUCUGCCUGUCUGUGGGGGAACGGGUCCCAGCUGAUCUGCGUCUCUUUGAGGCGGCGGAUCUGUCGGUGGACGAGUCCAGUCUGACGGGGGAGACCACGCCCUGCUCCAAAUCUACAGCCCCUCAGCCUGCUGCUACCAAUGGAGACAUCACAUCUCGCAGUAACAUUGCCUUCAUGGGCACACUGGUGCGAUGUGGAAAGGCCAAGGGCAUUGUGAUAGGCACAGGAGAGAACUCUGAAUUCGGAGAAGUUUUCAAGAUGAUGCAAGCAGAGGAGGCUCCUAAAACCCCAUUACAAAAGAGUAUGGAUCUGCUAGGGAAACAGCUCUCCCUCUACUCCUUUGGAAUCAUAGGGGUGAUUAUGAUGGUUGGCUGGCUCCAGGGAAAGAACAUAUUAGAUAUGUUCACCAUUGGUGUCAGCUUGGCCGUGGCAGCUAUCCCAGAAGGUCUUCCCAUUGUGGUGACUGUAACCUUAGCACUGGGGGUUAUGAGGAUGGUGAAGAAGCGUGCUAUUGUUAAAAAGCUGCCCAUCGUAGAGACGCUGGGCUGCUGCAAUGUCAUCUGUUCUGAUAAGACUGGCACUUUGACAAAGAACGAAAUGACAGUUACUCAGAUCUUCACCUCAGACGGUCUCCAUGCUGAGGUCACUGGUGUAGGUUAUAACAAUGCAGGAGAGGUUCUUCUGGAUGGGGAGGUGGUCCAUGGCUUCUCCAACACCUCCAUCUCUAAAAUUGUAGAGGUUGGCUGCGUGUGUAAUGAUGCUGUGAUCAGGAACAACACACUGAUGGGACGACCUACUGAGGGAGCUCUCAUUGCCCUGGCCAUGAAGAUGGGUCUGGAAGGUCUGCAGCAAGAGUUUAUCAGAGUGGAAGAAAUUCCUUUCUCCUCAGAACAGAAAUGGAUGGUGGUUCGAUGUGUCCACCGCACACAGCAGGGUAAACCAGGAACUUACUUUGCGAAAGGAGCCUAUGAGCAGGUCAUUCGCUUCUGCAACUCCUACAACAGUCAAGGAGGAGUGUCAUUACCUCUUACUAACCAACAGAGGGAGCUGUACCAGCAGCAGAAGAGUUACAUGGGUACAGCAGGCCUAAGAGUUCUGGCGUUUGCCUCGGGUACCGAAAUGGGAAGUCUUACCUUCCUGGGACUGGUGGGCAUCAUCGACCCGCCCAGGGAAGGGGUGAAGGAAGCAGUGGGUACCCUCAUCGGCGCGAGUGUGGCUGUCAAGAUGGUCACCGGAGAUUCUCAGGAGACGGCCGUGUCUAUCGCUAGUCGUCUGGGACUGUACACUAAGGGUUCCCAGUCUCUGUCUGGAGAGGAGGUGGACAACAUGGAUAUUCUGCAGCUGUCUCAAAUAGUGCCCAGGAUAGCCGUGUUUUACAGAGCUAGCCCCCGCCAUAAAUUGAAAAUAGUCAAGUCACUACAGAACAUAGGAGCAGUGGUUGCCAUGACGGGAGACGGAGUGAACGACGCCGUGGCCCUGAAGGCGGCAGAUAUCGGCGUGGCGAUGGGUCAGACGGGGACAGAUGUCUGCAAGGAGGCGGCAGAUAUGAUCUUGGUGGACGACGACUUUCAGACCAUUAUGUCUGCCAUUGAAGAAGGAAAGGGGAUUUACAACAACAUUAAGAACUUUGUGCGUUUUCAGCUGAGCACGAGCAUCGCUGCGCUUACCCUUAUCUCCUUGGCAACGCUCAUGAACUUUCCCAACCCUCUAAAUGCCAUGCAGAUUCUGUGGAUCAACAUCAUUAUGGAUGGACCACCUGCUCAGAGUUUGGGAGUGGAGCCCGUGGAUAAAGAUGUUAUCAGGAAGCCUCCGCGUAACGUUAGGGACAGCAUCAUCACUCGCAGUCUGAUAGUGAAGAUCCUGGUGUCAUCGUUCAUCAUCGUGUGUGGCACUCUGUUUGUCUUCUGGAGAGAGCUACAAGACAAUGUGAUCACACCCCGAGACACCACCAUGACCUUCACAUGCUUUGUCUUCUUUGACAUGUUCAACGCCCUCAGUUCUCGCUCGCAGACUCGCAUGGUGCAUGAGAUGGGCCUGUGCAGUAACAGAACCUUCUGUUAUGCCGUCCUGGGCUCCAUCAUGGGCCAGCUCCUGGUCAUCUACUUUCCUCCACUGCAGAGGGUCUUUCAGACGGAGAGCCUUAGCAUUUUCGAUCUGCUGUUCCUCAUCGGCCUCACGUCCUCCGUUUGCGUGGUGUCUGAACUUAUAAAGAAACUUGAGAGGUUGAGAAGGACAGAGAAACCCGACAACAGCGAUUCUUUCCACGAAGUAUGACGCACAUUGCGUCCCGGGCGAAAGGACAGUUGGGAGGUAGAGGUGGCGGGUCUUUGGUGUGGAUUGGGGUUUGGGCUUUUGGUAUCUCACGGUGUAAUGGACCAGAAUGUAAAGUCUGGGUCGGUCUGACUUUGCUUUUACUGUUCUUAGUAAGAGCGACACUCACUGUAUAAGACUGUGCUGGCCCUGGUUUAAAAAAAAAAAAAAAUCCCUCAUACGCACCUGUUUCCCUGUCAAGAUGCUUUGGUGUGCUGCUUUGAGACUGUACAGUUUUCCACUGCAUCUGGAAGAACUUUAUUUAUAAGAUGCUGUAACUGUUAAUACAGUGGCUAUUGAUGUCUUGGUUUCAUGACUUAAAGGUGUCCUUUUUUUUUUUAAACACCUUACUUUGAGCACAAGUGGUUGACCAUAGUUGUGUGGUACAAUAUGAAUAUCACCUUUUUUGCAUUCCAGUUCAUCAUGCUACAGCAUACUGGCUUCUAAUAGUGAGUCAUUAUAAUGUCUAAAGGAACUGACCACUACAUAAUGAUCUAUUUUUGGCAGAAUCUUAUUUAUCAAAGAAGACAGUGUGAAAAGAUGUGUUUGGAUUUGUAGACAGUGUUGUAACAAUCAUUAAAGUCAUUUUAUUUACGAUCGCCGACUCAUUGAUUCCACCAAAAUAUAUUUGUAAAUUCUUUAAGAACGCUGCAAACAGGGUCACAUUUGGUUUAUUUAAUUUGGCACUUAUGGUUACCAUUUCCCAGUACAAGACCUCCCUUUUUUCUACCAUCAGGAAUUUACUUUCUUACAUUUUUGUACUGAGACAUUUUUCAUUAAUCAGAAAUGUAAUGUUUCAGAUAGGUUUCAUUAAUCAGAAGUUUAGGGCUUUGUCUUUUUCAUGGUUCUCACACUAAAAUUCUUCCCAUACACUGGUACCACUUCACUUAGUCACUCACACACUCUGUACACUUCACUGUUCUGUUCUGUUCUCUGAUGAACCGCUCUUCAUAACGGAACAUGGAGAGAUGAAACACUGGGAUAGUUUGGUAUUUACCGACACGCAUUUCUUGGUCAAAUACUGAAACACAGCUCUCUUUUUCUGCCUUAUGGUGCCAGUGUGACAGUUCCUGUGCAGGUCACACUAGAAUAACUAUGGUACAGGUCCUCAUAGUCCUAUCAGAAGGUGGAUGAUAGGUGACGUUUUUGAAAAACCGAUCUGACUGACUAGUCCUAUUACCAUCAACCCUCUUAAAUAAUGCAGUCUGAAUUUUGUCUAUAGGG